UAAUGCACGUGAGGAGGAUAUUGCACAGAAACGUGCGAACGCCGCUGGAAACUUCUAGUCGAACGCCAGUCAUUGAUAAUUAACCACUUUUAGCAACCUUUAUCUCUCAAACCAGAGACAGUUAAUAAUUUUUAACAACAGUAGCUGACAGGAUGUCUGUCAUUGAGGAAGAGCGCGUACGCGGCAGUGUUUUUAAGGACAUUAAUGCUGAAGAUGAAGACGUUCAACCUACAGUGAUCGAGAGUUUGUGCAUGAACUGUUAUGAAAAUGGCAGCACACGCCUUCUGCUUACUAAGAUCCCAUUCUUUAAAGAAAUCAUCAUCAGCUCCUUCACAUGUUCACACUGCAACUGGACCAACACAGAAAUCCAGUCUGCCGGGCGGAUACAAGAGCAGGGUGUCCUGUACACCUUACAGGUGAAGACCAAAGAGGACAUGAACCGAGAGGUUGUGAAGUCUGACAGUGCAUUGACCAGAAUUCCAGAACUUGAUUUUGAAAUUCCUGCCUUUACACAGAAGGGCUCAUUAUCAACAAUUGAGGGUCUGCUGAACAGAGCAGUGGCGGGUUUAGAACAAGACCAGACAGUCAGAAAGGCAACAGAUCCAGCCGUAGCUGAAAAAAUAGAGGAAUUCAUCCAGAGGUUGAAAAAACUAAAAGAUGUUGAAGAGGAAUUCACAUUAAUCAUUGAUGAUCCAUCUGGGAAUAGUUUUAUUGAGAACCCAUUUGCACCUCAGAAAGACAAAGCUCUUUCUAUAACGCAUUACAAAAGAACACGUCAACACAACGCUGCUCUAGGAAUAGAGGUAGAAGAGGAACAGGAAGAUGAAAAGCCUGGCAGUGAUCUAGACACCAUGAGAAAUGAGGUAUUAGUGUUUAACACUAACUGCCCAGAAUGCAACGCCCCAGCCAAUACAAACAUGAAGCUUGUCCAAAUUCCACACUUCAAAGAGGUUAUUAUAAUGGCUACUAAUUGUGACAGUUGUGGACAUCGCACCAAUGAGGUGAAAUCAGGAGGAGCCACAGAAGAUCAGGGAACCAGAAUAACACUCCACUUAACGGACCCCUCAGAUAUGUCCAGAGACCUGCUUAAGUCCGAGACGUGUAGCGUGUUGAUUCCUGAACUGGAGUUUGAGUUGGGAAUGGCGGCUCUUGGAGGAAAGUUCACAACCCUAGAGGGACUUCUCAAGGAUAUCAAAGAACUGAUCGUUUCGAAAAACCCCUUCAUGUGUGGAGACAGUUCUACAGCAGAUAGAGCAGAGAAACUGGAGCUUUUUGGGCAAAAGAUUGACAAGAUAAUGGCAGGAGAAAUGGACGUUCAUAUUAUCCUGGAUGAUCCAACAGGGAAUAGUUAUCUUCAGAAUGUUUACGCCCCAGAUCCAGACCCAGAAAUGAAGAUCGAAAGGUACACUCGAACUUUUGAGCAGAAUGAAGACUUGGGUCUGAAUGACAUGAAAACAGAGGGGUACGCAGAGGCGUAGGUUUAGAGUCAAGUGUACAAUGGAGGAGAGCAAUUAUAUGGAAAUUCUGUCAAAGCCUUUAUAUAACUUUAUUUAAAUCACUUUUAACUUUUAUUGUAAUAAUCAUUGUCACAAGCACUUGUGAAAACUAUGGUUGAAUUAUCAUUUGAAGGGGACAAAAAAUAACUAUUUUGGCUUGAGACUGAGUACAUGCAAGGGGCUGAGUUUUCCUUGCUGCAUUUGAAAUUGUUUCGGCCAGCUUGUCUAGGAGGCCCUUAUGUUAAUUACAGUCUAACUAAAUUGUUACAAGGUUAUAAGAUGCUUAACUACAGAUACGUAAUAAAGUAGUCUUAAGUUAAUCCCACUAUGGAUGUGAAUGAUGUGGAUGCAUUUUUUUCAUACACAAGGCUGUAUGUAUAUUCAUAUAUCAUUUAUGGAUCAUUUGUACAAUAAAAUUGUUUCAACAGUGUAAUAAGUAGUGGUGCUGAUCUAGUUACUUCACCUUAUUUUCCAGGUAGAUAUGUUAUUUAUAGUUGCGUCUCCAUGCCAUAAUGCCCGAAGACAAUGUUACAGCUGAGAAUACAUUUACGAUAGUGCUGGAACAUGCAGUUUAACUGUUAAAGGAAUUUUACAGGUUUAACACGUUACGCUCAAUCGACAGCAUUAUGUGGCGUAAUGUUUAUUAGCACAAAAAAAUAAUUGACUUUUUCCUCGUUUUACUCUCUCCACCAAUAGUUGGUGUGUGGUAAGCGUACUGGUGCACUAUGGCUUCUGUCGCAUCGUCCAGGUGGAUGCUGCAUACUGGUGGUGGUUGAGGACAGUACCCUAUUCACUGUGUGAAACGCUUUGAGUGUAGUGUCAGAAAAGAGUGUAAUAUUCAUUCAUUCAUUCAUUCAUUCAUUGAAAAAAAGUGUUAAAAUAAGGGACUUACAAUGGAAGUGAAU